GAAAGAUUGAAGAAGGAAUUCGAGAAAAGGGAAGAGAUGAAGAAAAAAGUUGAUGAAAUGGUACUGGAAGACUUCAAAACACUAGCGAACGAUUAUAAGGUAUACAGUGCCCUUGGAAGCGAUAAGAAGAUGACACUGAGGAAGUAUCGUGCAGCUCUUAGAGAUUUCAACGAAAAGUACCCAGGAAGAAUUUUGUAUUUUGAGAAAAUGCGCGGCGAGAUGAAAAGGAAACUGGCAGAGGAAGCCUAUGAGCAGAAGGGUAACGGAACGAUAACAGCAGAGAACUAA